AUGGCCGGUUCUGGCAAGACCACGUUGCUGCAGCGAAUAUCAGCCCAUCUGAGCGCCAGUGGGAAGCCUGGCUACAUCAUGAACCUGGAUCCCGCCGUCUCUGAAGUGCCCUAUGGCGCCAACAUCGACAUCAGAGACACAGUGAACUACAAGAAUGUGAUGAAGCAGUACAACCUGGGACCCAAUGGGGGCAUCCUCACCUCACUGAACCUCUUUGCCACGCGCUUCGACCAGGUGAUCACGUUAUGCGAGAAGAAGCGCACGCCGCAGCCAGAAUAUAUCGUCGCCGAUACCCCCGGCCAGAUCGAGAUAUUCACCUGGUCGGCCUCCGGAGCAAUUAUCACAGAGGCAUUCGCGUCAUCCUUCCCGACUGUCAUCGCGUUUGUCAUCGACACUCCGCGCUGCGCUGCGCCGCAGACCUUCAUGACCAACAUGCUGCAGGCGUGCAGCAUCCUGUACAAAACCAAGCUGCCGCUGCUGCUCGUCUUCAACAAGGUCGACGUGGCCAGCCACGAGUUUGCUGUCGAGUGGAUGCGCGACUACGACGCCUUCAGCGAAGCACUCCAAAAAGACACCACUUAUGCUGCCACGCUGUCACGCUCCCUCUCACUGGUGUUGGAGGAGUUCUAUGAGAAUCUGGAGAGCGUGGGAGUGUCUGCGGCGACCGGAGAGGGCAUGGAUCAGUUUUUCGAAAAGGUGCAGGCGUGCAGGAAGGAGUACGAGCAGCAGUACCUGCCAGAGCUGCAGCGGCGACAGCGGGAGAAGCAUGAGACGGAGGUGAGGCGACAGGCGGCAGAGUUGGAGAAGCUCAAGCUGGACACGCAGCCUCAGCAGCAGCAGGGCUCCGCGGCAGAGCCUUGA